UGUACUACUUCCUAAGUCAAUGGAUGAUCCAAUUGCUUAACCACAAUUCAUGUAAUAUCAAACUGAAGCAAGUCAUGAACUUCAGUAGAGUGUUAUUGGUAUUUGCUUCACCUCUACUAAAUGUCAUUGCAACACUAAAACAGUUCAUCAUCUUCAUUCAAAACUAAUUAUAGAUCUAUCGGUUACUUGUUACUUCCGCUACAUCAAGUUCGAGCUACGAUCUUCGGAAUUAUUCCGAAGAAAAUUUUCUUAUAUACAAGAAUUUGAUCUAACCAAAUUAAUGGGUAAGUUGAAUUUCCGUUGUUUCUGCUUCAUUAUUACACUCUUACUAUCAUUUACAUUCAUUUAUUUUCUCUUGUGGUUCCAAUCUAAUUCUUCACCAUGUUUUUCCAAAACUCAGUUGAUUAUACAAAAGCAAAACCAACCUAUUAAUCUCCUUUAUUUCCCAUCUGCUUGGAACCAUCUAAAUUUUCCUCAAACCCCGCCUCAAAAACUUCUGAAGAUUGCAGUUUUUGUCAAGAAAUGGCCUCACAAAUCUCUCGCCGGAGGUCUCGAACGCCACGCCUUGACCCUCCAUCUUUCCCUCGCAAAAAGAGGCCAUGAGCUUCAUAUUUUCACCACUUCUCCGCCCAAUUCUUCGUUCCCGAUAUACCCUUUCAGCAGCUUAUAUUUUCAUCUCUCGAAACCAACGGCCGCAGGUUAUCUUGAUCAAGCCAUAGCUUGGAAGUUAUUUCAGAAACAAAAUUUGACUGGUAAACCGUUUGAUGUAGUCCAUACUGAAAGUGUCGGUCUAUGGCACGGCCGGUCUCGGAAUCUGACCAAUUUAGCGGUUUCUUGGCAUGGAAUUGCGUAUGAAACGAUUCAUACGGACAUAAUUCAGGAAAUUUUACGAAAUCCUGAAGAAAAAUCGUCGUAUGCAUUGACAGAACGAGUUAACAAGGUUAUUGAAGAGGUUAAUUUUUUUCCCAGUUAUGCUCACCAUGUUGCUACUAGUGAUCAUGCUGGAGAUAUUCUGAAACGAAUUUAUAUGAUUCCUGAAGAACGCGUUCACGUUAUUCUGAAUGGCGUCGAUGAGGCGAUAUUCAAACCUGACACGAUUAAAGGCCGCGAAUUUCUUCAGAAAUUCGGUGUCAGGAAAUCUUUAGUUUUGGGUAUGGCAGGGAGAUUGGUGAAGGAUAAAGGUCACCCUUUAAUGUUUGAAGCAUUGAAACAAAUACUAACGGAAAACGAGACGUUUCGUGAAAAUGUUGUCGUUUUGGUUGCGGGAGAUGGACCUUGGGGUGCUAGAUACAGAGAUCUUGGAGCUAAUUUACUUGUUUUGGGUCCGUUGGAUCAAUCUCAGUUGGCGAGAUUCUACAACGCGAUCGACAUUUUUGUAAACCCGACGCUACGAGCUCAGGGGUUAGAUCAUACAUUGUUGGAAGCAAUGCUUUGUGGUAAGCCUGUGAUGGCAACUAGGGUAGCUAGUAUUACGGGUUCUGUAAUCGUCGGCGAAGAACUCGGUUAUGUGUUUUCCCCAACGGUUGAUUCGCUGAAGAAUGUUUUGUAUAGAGUUUUUGAAAAUGGCAGAGGAGUUUUAGAACAGAAAGGCCUAAUUGCUAGGCAGAAAGGGUUGGAAUUAUUCACUGCUACUAAAAUGACUGCUGCUUAUGAAAGGCUUUUUCUUUGCAUGUCAAAUGAUGUGAACAAAAGGGAAGAUUUUUGCCACUAUUAAUUUCAAUUCAAUUAUAGUUUAAAUGUUCUUACAUUAUUCAAGUUUAAUUGUUCUGCCACUAAUACUUAGUUGCUCGGUUAUUUGUAAAUAAAAGUUCAA